AUGUCCAAGAAUGGUGCCUGCGAUGUCUGUACGGAAGCAGACUCUACGGACGACAUGGUGUGCUGUGAUAUGUGCGACAUCUGGGUGCAUUAUGGAUGUGCAGGAGUUGACGAUUCGGUAAAGAAUCGUAAAUGGUUCUGCCUUAAAUGCAAGUCAGAUUUAGCCAGGUCUUUGAAGACGGUUAGAAACGUCGCAAACGCACAAAAAAGCACACCAACAUUGGCGGGGCAGGUCGAGGACAUCAUGGUAGCACCAAGAAGUGGACGUAGCGUUGGUUCUGUUCUCAGCAGGCAGAUGGUAGACCUUGAAUUGCUUCGACUGGAGGAGCAAAAGAGUCUGGAAAAAAGUCUGUUGGAGGAAAGAGAACGGAAGGAGCAGGAGUACAUCACAAGAAAGUACGAGCUACUAAAACUUAAACAACAACACAAAGGCAGCAACAGCUUGUCGAGAAGCGAUAGUUGUUCGGGCGAGGUUCGCCUCAAGGCUGUUGCAAAUGACGUGGAGUCAGUUGUUCGUCGCACUAAGGACUGGGUAGCACAGGCGAGAUUGGGAACUCAAGAAGACAAGUCUAAGGAAAUAACAAUUAAACAAAUGGCGUCAAGGAAAAGUAUAUCCGGGGAUUUGCCUUUCUUCUCAGGUAAAUCAGAUGAAUGGCCUCUAUUUAUAAGUUGCUAUCGAAACAGCACUGCCUUGUGCAACUUUUCCAAUGAGGAGAAUUUGGUUCGGCUGCAAAAGGCGCUGAAAGGUAAAGCGUUUCAAGCAGUGAGCAGUCAGUUAAUGCUUCCUGCAUCUGUGCCAACAGUUUUGUCCACUCUGGAAUUGUUAUUUGGUCGACCAGAGUAUAUUGUUGAGGAUCUUAUAAAGAAGGUGGAGAUUUUUCCAGCCCCAAGAAUGGAGCGCCUGGAAACAAUAAUAUCAUAUGCUCUGGCCAUUAAGAAUUUGAGUUCCACUAUGGAGGCGUCUGACCUGACAGACCACAUGAAUAAUCCAGUAUUGCUCAAAAAGCUUAUAGACAAGCUACCUUCGGCCAUGAAAUUGGAGUGGGCCAUGGGGUUACAGGCAAGUGACGUUGAGCAAAACAUAAGAGGAUUUGGCGAGUGGAUGUACAGGAGGGCAGAGGCAGCAGCUGUGGUAACGAGGUAUGCAGACGAUGGCAAUAAGAUGGACAAGCGUUCGGGACAUGUACACACGCAUGUACAGGCAGACAAUGGAUCUGAGGCUGCAUGUGCUAAAGAGGGAUCUAGACCGAAGUGUUACGUCUGUGGACAAAGUCAUCGAAUAUUAGAUUGCGAUGCAUUUAACAAGCUCUCUGUUAAAGAUCGUCAGAAGCUUGUUACAGAGAAGGCACUGUGCAUGUGUCUUAAGCAUUCGAAACGAGUACGGUGCAACAAUAUGAAAGAGUGUGGCAUUGGAGGCUGUAGGCUGAAACAUCAUGCGCUGUUGCAUUCUGGAGGUGGUAAAGAUGUGGGUGCAUGCUACUCUCAUCAGAACGACAAAGAAAAGGGAACGCUAUUCCGAAUUUUGCCAGUGGUGUUGCAUGGCAAUGGAAAGGAUAUUCAUACGUAUGCCUUUUUGGAUAGCGGGUCUUCCCUCACGCUGCUAGAGGAAUCAAUAGCGCAAAAAUUAAAUUUGAAAGGUACUCCUAAACCGUUGUGCCUCAGAUGGACAGCCAAUUCCACUCGUCGUGAAGAAGAGUCUGAAGUUGUGUCGUUAUCGAUUUCGGCAAAAGGUGCUGAAAAGGAGAAGUCUUCGAGCGUGCGGUUAAAUGGGGUGAGAACAGUCAAGUCGCUUGCCCUACCAUCACAAUCUUUGUCACAGGAGUUUAUAGACAAGUUCCAUCAUCUCAAGGGGCUGCCGUUGUUGCCAUACAGCAAGGCUGAAUGUGGAAUUUUAAUUGGACUGAAUAACGAAAAGGCAGCUUUGGCAUUGAAAGUUCGGGAAGGCAAGUGGAAUGAACCAAUUGCUCUGAAAACUAGAUUGGGUUGGUGUAUCAGUGGUGGUAGCGAAAGCGAUUACCAAUCUUAUGGUAACUUCCAGAUUUGCGAGUGCGAGGAGGAUCUACACGAAUUGGUCAAGCGACAUUUUGUUUUGGAAGACAGUGGUGUUUCUCAAGUUCAAGUUCGAACGGAGUCAAAAGAUGACUUGAGAGCAAAAGAAAUUCUCGCAGCUACAACCAAGCGAGUCGAUGGUUCCUUUGAGUGCGGACUUCUGUGGCGGUAUGAAGACUUUAGUAUGCCGAAUAGUUAUCAUAUGGCUCUUAAGCGCCUCUGCUGUUUGGAAAAAAAGGUACGUUCUGAUCCUAUGGUUAUUUCCAACAUCAACCAACAGGUCGCCAGCUUGGUGCAAAAGGGCUAUGCGAGAAGAUGUAAUAAAGAAGAAGAAGAUUAUUCAUCAUCGUCGAGGACUUGGUAUCUGCCGAUAUUCAUCGUUACAAAUCCAAACAAGCCUGGCAAGAUUCGGUUAGUUUGGGACGCAGCGGCCUCAGCCAAUGGUGUCUCGCUGAACAAGAUGCUAUUAAAGGGUCCUGACCAAUUGAAAGAGCUUCCUGAAGUUUUAUAUGGAUUCCGAUCGAAUAAAGUGGCGAUUUGUGGUGACAUAGAGGAAAUGUUCCACCAAGUACGAGUACGCAAGGAUGACCAGUGUGCCCAACGUUUUCUUUGGCGCAAUGGUGAAGAAAAUCGCAAACCAGACAUCUAUCAAAUGGAGGUACUUACCUUUGGAGCUUCAUGUUCUCCGAGCAUAGCGUUACACGUCAAAGAUUCAAACGCUGCUGAGUUUUCCGAGAAGUAUCCACGAGCUGUGGAGAGCAUUAUUAAACACCAUUACAUAGACGAUUUAUUGGAUAGUGUAUCCACUGUUGGCGAGGCUGUGCAACUGGCCAAAGACGUGCGAGAGAUCCAUUCUAAGGCGGGAUUUCGAAUGAGAAGUUGGAUGUCAAAUUCAUCGGAGGUCCUUAAGUCUCUUGGACAACCUAUAGAAGAUGGAAGCCGGGUCAUAGAUUGUGGGAACGAAAACAAUAUUGCUAAGGUCUUAGGCUUAUGGUGGCUUCCAACUGAUGACGUAUUCACCUUUUCAUUGAAGUUUAUCAAAACACACGAGGAUGUUUUGUCUGGAUCCAGAUUGCCUACGAAGCGUGAGUUACUUAGAAUUUUAAUGUCUAUUUUUGAUCCUCUAGGUUUCUUGGCCUUUUACUUGGUGAGGAUCAAAGUACUUCUCCAAGACGUUUGGCGGCGGAAACUAGAAUGGGAUGACCAAAUCGAAGGCUCAUUAGCAACCAAAUGGGAGUCAUGGCGGCGAAUCUUGUCAAAAGUGGAGCAUGUGCGAAUUCCAAGAUGCUACAACACAUUAUCAAUGAGCGAUGGUGUUUCAGUGCAGUUGCACAUAUUUAUGGACGCCAGUGAAGACGCAUUCGCAGCUGUGGCAUAUCUGAGGUUCUGUGAUAGUUUUUCAACGGAAUGUACACUGGUCGGAGCAAAGAACAAAGUAACCCCACUGCUCCCAGUUUCAAUUCCACGGCUGGAGCUCCAGGCAGCCUUGUUAGGUGCCCGACUUGCUAAGACGAUUGUUAAGGGUCAUGGUUUCACAAUAGACAGGAAGUUCUUUUGGACAGACUCAAAAACUGUUUUACAGUGGUUGCGCGCUGAUGCGAAAAUGUAUAAGCCAUUCGUGAUGUUUCGCAUCGGGGAGAUACAAGAGAAAACAAAAGUUGAUGAGUGGCGAUGGGUACCCACUAACUUGAAUGUCGCGGACGAAGCAACAAAAUGGACAAAGGAACCUUGUUUUGAUCCGAAUAGUAGAUGGUUUACAGCACCAGGGUUUUUGCUCCAGCCGGAGGAGUAUUGGCCUAAGGAAGUUACCUGCAAACAAAAAGACGUCUGUGAAGAAGAGCUACGACCUAAAUACGUAAUGGUGAUGCGAGAGAACGUGAGCCAGAUGGAAAAGGGAAUCCAAGAAUUGGUAAUAGACUUUAAUCGUUUUUCUACAUGGGAGCGUCUCCGCAAAGUGGUGUCAUGGAUUGUCAGAUAUUGUCAAAAUCUUCAAAGGAAAGCAAAAGCAAGGGCGAUGGACACUGAUCCGAUUUCGAUAGAGCCAUCAUCCGAUGAAUUGGUAAUGGGAAAUAUUCGGUCAGACGAGAUGCAAAAUGCGGAGGUAAUCUUAUGGAGAAUGGCGCAGUGGGCUGAGUUCGCGGACGAGUUGGCAAUGCUUAAAAGGGGUGACCAGAUUCCGAAAACGAGUGAAAUAUACAAACUUAACCCUUGUAUUGAUGAUGAUGGAAUUCUGCGCCUAGAAGGACGAAUUGACUACGCAGAUUUUGUUAAAGAAGAAACCAGGCGACCAAUACUUCUAUCAAGAAAAAAUAGGGUGAGCUUUCUGAUUAUAGAUUUCUACCAUAGAAAAUUUAAACACCUUUGUGAUGCUACAGUAUACAAUGAGGUUAGGCAACGAUAUUAUAUACCUGCAUUAAGAACAUUAGUUAGGUCAGUUAGAACUCAAUGUGGCCACUGCAUUAUAAAAAGUGCAACACCGCAGUUUCCUCAGAUGGCGCAGUUACCUCGAGCUCGUCUUGGACCGUUUAGAAGGCCGUUUACAUUUGUUGGUGUCGACUAUUUCGGGCCAAUUUUGGUUGUGCAUGGCCGAAGUCAAGUCAAACGUUGGGGUGUCUUAUUUACGUGUCUCACUAGCAGAGCGAUUCAUAUAGAAGUGGCGUUUUCUCUGUCGACAGAUUCUUGCAUCUUGAGUAUCCAGCGUUUCAUUGCAAGAAGAGGAAAGCCAUCUGAGUUCUAUUCAGACAAUGGAACGAACUUUGUUGGCGCGGAAAAAGAGCUAAAAGACCAGUUCCAGCUAAUUAACAAGAAUGCUCUACUUUCCAAGUUUACAUCUCCACAUACGAAAUGGUACUUCAAUCCUCCAGCAGCUCCACACAUGGGAGGCAGUUGGGAGCGACUAAUCGGUACAGUGAAGAAGAUCCUCAGAGAAGUCAUGGGAAACAGGCGGCUGAAUGAUGAAACUUUCCAAUCAGCGUUAAUCGAAAUAGAAGCAGUGGUGAACUCACGUCCUCUUACUUAUGUUACUUUGGGACCUGACGAUGAAGAAGCGUUGACACCGAACCAUUUUAUUCUUGGGUCAUCAAAUGGAAAUAAGGGACUUGUAAACGAUAAUGAUCGUGAGCUUAUGUCACGUAAGGAUUGGCGGCAGAUACAACAGAUUGCAAACAUUUUCUGGAAGCGAUGGGUGCGUGAGUACCUACCAACUCUUACAAAACGUACAAAAUGGUUUCAGAAGGCUGAACCAGUGAAGACGGGCGACGUUGUUCUGAUCAUCGAUGAAAAUUUGCCGAGGUGUACUUGGCCAAAGGGGAUCAUUACCAGUACAGUCAUUUCCAAGGAUGGUCAGGUGAGAAGGGCGACAGUGAAGACGGCAAGUGGUGUUUUUGAUCGACCGGUGGCAAGGUUAGCUUUGUUAAACAUCAGUCAUACUACAGAGAGCAAGACAGCAGUUGGAGGAGCUCCCUUGCUGGGUGGGGGAAAUGUUGCUGAUGUAGAACAAAAAAGGACAAGAUACUUGAACAGGCCCAGGAUUGAAAUCUGA